UGUUUGCGCAUUCUUGCAGUUUCAUUGUAUUAAAUUUAAAAUUUAUGAGAUAAAAACAUUAGUUUGAAUCGCACGUUUUAUCAUGGAGGCUGGGGAUUCGUUUUUGUCUUGUGCAACAACAUUAGAAUGGACGACCCCUCAAGGAUCCAUCCUGAAAAAGGUCAACUACAGAACUGCAUCUCUUCGACUUAUUCGUAAUGAAUUCCGUGAAAUGUAUAUGGAAAUAUCAAGUGAAAAACACGCAGCCAUUCGACUGGCAUUAAAAGGAAUAAACGUGUUCAAAAAGUUCAUGGCUGAAGGCAAGGCAAGUGUAAAGUUCCAAGAGGCGGGAUGCACGCUCUUUAUAUCAAACGCGCCGCCAACAAAUCUCGUGUCAUUUUUAAGGACCAUUUUUGUUAAGAUGACUGGAGAUAAGGAGGCAUCGUCAACGACUACUCCGUCUAAACAAUCUAUGAGAGCUAAGUUGCUCAGUGGGAAAGCACAGUCUUUUGAGGAAAUAAGUCCUAUAACUGUAGCUGAUAUACACAAUGCUAAAAGUAAAAUUCCAAAGUCAACUACAACAACACCUUCUCCUCCUUCAAAAAAGCGAAAGCAUGACGACCCUACAAGGGGCCCUGCACCCAAAAAACUGUAUUCUCCAUCACCACUCACAACAACUAGUUCUUUGAAUCCAGAGCAGCAGAGAGUGUUGGAGGCUUGUCUUGGAGGGAAGAAUGUAUUUUUCACAGGGUCUGCGGGGACUGGCAAAAGUUUUUUGCUAAAAAGAAUUGUUGCAGCGUUACCUCCUGAUGUCACAAUAGCCACUGCCUCUACUGGAGUUGCUGCUUGCCAUGUUGGUGGGACAACACUUCAUGCAUUUGCUGGUAUAGGAGAUGGGAGCGGGUCUAUUGACCACUUGUGUGAGAAAGCAAUGAAACUGCCACUUGUUGCACAAAAGUGGAGAAAGUGUAAACAUUUAAUCAUCGAUGAAAUAUCCAUGGUUGAUGGUGUAUUCUUUGAGAAAUUAGAAGCAGUAGCAAGGCAUGUUAGAAGAAAUGAUAAACCAUUUGGAGGGAUACAGCUCAUUCUGUGCGGAGAUUUCCUACAAUUACCACCAGUAGUUGAAAAGGGGCAGACAGGAAAGAGAUUCUGUUUCCAAACAGCCUGCUGGGAUAAAUGUAUACAGCUGUGCUAUGAACUAAAGCAAGUCCACAGACAAAAGGAUCAAGAAUUUAUAUCCAUAUUAAACAGUAUAAGAAUAGGGAGAGUGACAAAAGAGAUAAGUGACAGGCUUAUAGGUACUGCUAGACAAAAGAUUGAAAGUGAUGGAAUUUUAGCAACAAGACUGUGCUCUCACACAAAUGACUCUAAAAUGAUAAAUAACUCUAAAUUGCAAGAUUUGGAAGGUGAAGAAAAACUGUUUACAUCUCAAGAUAGUGAUAAUGCUAGUAAAACACUUGACAUGCAAACUAUAGCUCCAUCAAAACUGGUCUUAAAAAUAGGAGCACAAGUAAUGUUGCUCAAAAAUAUAAAUGUGAAUUCAGGUUUAGUAAAUGGAGCCAGAGGAGUUGUAGUCAGAUUUGAAGAAGGAUAUCCUGUUGUAAGAUUUAAGAAUAAAAAAGAGUAUACAGCCAGAUCUGAGCGUUGGUAUGUGAAGAAUGCUAGUGGAAGUCUGUUGUGCAGAAGACAAAUUCCAUUGAACUUAGCUUGGGCAUUCUCAAUACAUAAAUCACAAGGUCUUACUUUAGAUUGUGUGGAAAUGUCUCUAUCAAAGAUUUUUGAAGCGGGACAGGCUUAUGUAGCUCUUAGUAGGGCGCAGAGUUUAGACACAUUGCGAGUAUUAGACUUUGAUUCCAGGCAUGUGUGGGCUGACACCAGUGUACUCGAGUUCUACCAAAAAUUCAGGCGCCGUUUACAACAAAUGGAAGUUGUGCCUCUUGGGAGACCUUUGGCUGACAAAACCAACAAAAAAUUAAAAUUAAGAGAAAUUCUUGAGAAACAAAUGAGAAGGAAAUAGUUUAAUUUUAUUAUUGACAAUUUUAAUUAUGA